GCUAGGCGCCCGAGGGGCACUGGCGCCUUGCGAGGCCGCUCUCGCUCGGUGGCAGGGCGGCUAGUUCAAGUUGCCAUAGCGGCGGUCGGGCGGGUGUUGGGACAGUUGGAGCCGGAGGCAUCUGGGAGUCAUGCUUCUUUCCUGACAACUAUUCUCACAUUCCAAUGGCAGAUUCAUCCAGCGAUUCUGAUAACAUCCGUCGUAGAAUUGGAAGAAGGGGUCCUAUAAGAGCAACCAGAAUCCGAAAUCAUGAAACCGAAGAUGUUGCAGAGAAGAUUCACACUUUAGCAAAUACUUUGCAGGAUGCAAAUUGGAAUUUAAGACACGUGGAUCAGAUGUUGGGCCAAUAUCGAGAGUAUAACAAUGAGCAGGCAGCAACAAUUGCAAAUCUUAAAGAAAAUUUGGAAGAGUCCCUGGGCCAAUUAAAGAACCAACGACUGUUGAGAAAUUCUGGAGUAAGAAGCGCAUCUCUUUCAAGCUUGUAUGCAAGUGACCUGGAUGGUGGAACUCCAGAAGGUCAUCAUUUCAAGCCUACCUCUCCUCUCAGAGAUUACAGUGCAACACUAGGUACCAGGCAACGACGGUCUAGGUCUGCUGUUCGAUUUGUUGAUCAGCGAGGUAACUUGGACCAGCUGCAUUCUUUACAUCAGUCACUUAGAGAUCUCAGCAGUGAACAAAUUCGCUUAGGAGAAGACCUCACCAGAGAACUUUCAAGAAGAAAUCGAAAUGAUGCUGAAAUGAAAAAAAGAUUAGAAGAUAUAUCUGGCAGACUUGAUGAAUCACAAAGACAGGAAUUGGUAUCAGAGCGGGUGGAGAGAAGACUUCAAGAGAUUGAACGAGAAAUCCGAUCAGAAAGGCAGUUGGUAGAAAGACGCCAAGACCAACUGGGACACAUGUCUGUGCACCUGCAGGAAGCUUUAAAGCAACAAGAUGCUAAAGCCAAUGGAGCAGAAAUUAUCUUGAAAAAUAAAAUUGCAAAAGUGGAAGAUGAAAAAAGCAAACUUGAACAGGUUUUGGAGCAUUCCCGGAGGAAACUUGAUCAUUCAGAAAGUAAUAGAGAAAUUCUUCUCCAUCAGAUUGAAGAUCUUCGUUCCCAACUUCUUAGAGCAGAAGAGGACCGUUUGACUCUGCAACAUCAAAUAACUCAGGUUGCUAAGCAUCACCAAAGCCAUCUAGAUGAGCAACAGGAUGACAGGAGGAAGCAAAGAGUUGUUCAGAAGUCUGAUCCAGAGAAGCAAGAGAUGGAGAAACAGAUCUGGGAAUUAAGAGCACAAUUAAACCACAGUGCUGUAAUGUCAGAGAUAGAAGAGUUGCAGCGAUGCGUUGAAUGCAAAGACAAAGAGAAAUUGCAGCUUGUGAUGCAAAUGGAGGUGUUAACAGCUGACUUGGAAAAGAGGGACAACCAGCAGCAAAGGAUGAUGAGCCAACUGAAAGAGAUACAGAACAACUAUAAAAUCUGUGAAAAUGAGUGCAGAGCUGCUGAAUUACAGGUUACAGAGCUAGGUCAGCAAUUAGAAGAAUCGAUCAAGGAGGCAGAGAAAUACCUAGCUGAAUUCAAACAAUCUGAAGUACUAAGGCUAGAGACUGAGAAGAAAAAGGAAGAAUUAAAACUCAAAGCUCAGGAAUCAAUUCGAUACUGGAAGCUAAGGUGUAAAAAACUGGAACAUGAAAAAGAAAAACAAACUGAACUUCAUAGCCAGUUGAUGGAGAAAAACAAUUUGGUUCUUAAAGAAAAGGAUGAAUUGAAGAGCCAGCUCCUUUCAACUAUGCACCAGAUGGAAAAUUUUCAAAAGGAACUGACAGAUGUUCUUGAGAAAAGGGCCAUACAAGAAGAGGAGUUGCACUGUAAAGAAAUGAAACUCAGUGAAGCUAGAUCCUUGCAGAUGGCUCUUGAACAAGAAACCAGAGAUGUCAGGAAAACUGUGGAUAACCUUGAGAAGAAACUGCAAAAGGAGAGCCUAAUACAGACUCAGAUAAGAACUGAAAAACAGCAUUUAGAGGAAGAACUUGCAAAUAUCAAUAUGAUCCAUGAAAAGGAUCAAGCAAAAUUGUCAGAGAUGCAAGAAGUUAUAAAAAACUUGAGUGCUGUUCGGGCUGACUUAGCCAAUCAAAUAGCAGAAGAGAAGAAAUCCAAAAAAGAAAUGGCGAAAUCAGUGAUGGAACUUCAGAAACAAACAGAGUCUGUUCAGGAGGAGAUGACUACAAUCAAUAAGCAACUGAAACUGGAAAGAGAUGUCCACAAACAGGAGCUGGGAGAACUUCAGUCAGAAUUGCAGAAGAUGAAAACCAAACAUGAUCAACGUGUCCAAGAGAUGAUGAAGCUAUUUAACCAAGAAAAAGAGGAGGCAACUAAUCAUAUUGGAAUGUUGAAGUCAGAACUUGUAGAAGAAAGAAAUUUUGUAAAAGCUCAUCGUCGGCAGGUAGAAAAAAUGAAAAUCGAAUGUGAUAAGCUAACAUCGGAGCUAACCCACAAGGAAGAAGAAAAUUUAAAAAUUAAGCGAAAAUGCAACAUAAUAAAACAGGAAUUAGAUGAAAAGAAUAAAAUAAUAAAUAGUGAAGAUGAUAAUCUAAGGAGGUUGGAUAAAGAAAGGCUUCAACUUCAUGAUCAACUGCAAAGUGUGAAAACUGAACAGGAAUCCAUCUACUCUAUGAUAGGAAGUGAAGUUGAUGCAGCUUGUCAACUCUUUUCAAGAGAUUCUAUGGAGAAAAUCACAGCAACAUCACUUACAUCUGGUAUACCGAAUGAUCCUCAUCGCUGGUUAGCAGAGACAAAAGCUAAACUUAGAUGGCUUUGUGAAGAAGUGAAGGAGAGACAGACCAAGGAAAAGAAGCUUCGUCAUCAGUUGCUACAGAGCCGGGAGCAAUUAAAGCAGCUGACCUUGAGCAAGGAAACUGAGCACCAAAACCUCAUAGGUCAAAUAGAAAAGCAGGAACAACUACUAGAAGAAGUUUAUCAAGAGAAAAAAUCAGAGAGAAAAUUGGGAAAAAGAAAUAUACUGGAGAAGAACAUGGAGAUUUAGGUUCAAGCAUUAUUCGGUAUUUUAUUUUUAUCCUUUUCUUUUUACAGUUACCAACUUUGUUGAACUGUUUCAUUUUAAAAUGAUUAGUAAGAUGCUUGAGUAUUCUUUUUCUGCUUCUUAAAUCUUGUGCUAUUAGAAUAAAAAGGUAAUCCAGUUACCAAUAUUCAGAGCACAUCUCUGUAAAUCUCUUAAGACUUAGUGAAAUCCUGAUGUUGCUGAUUUUUUUAGACUGGCUAUAGUUUAUAUUUUAAGGCAGAUAGUAAUGUGUUUUAUUUGCUUUGGUGGGUGCGCAUUAUAUUUGUUCAACUCUUGGUUCAAUCAAACAAACAUUGUAGAUUAGAAUGUAAGAUUUUAGAAGACAGUGGAAUGAGUGUCCACACUGCAGACAUCAGUAGCUCUCUAGAGGUUAUAAUUAUUUCUGAUUUUCCAUCUUUGCCAGUCUUCAGUGUUUUCACUUAAGUAAUCAUGACCCCAAACAAUCAAGCAAAAAUUUUAUGCACUCGUGUUCACUACUGUUGUCACCCAUAGUCUUUUCUGUAAUUACUGUUUUUAGAAUCUUUGUCUUACUGAAGUAAUUAGCAAAAUAUAUUUAACACUUAAAUUUAAUAAACAAAGAUCCCAUUCUGGAACUAAAACUUAGUUCAGAUUUUUGUUUUAUACUACACUGAUUUGAAGUCAUGGAUAGUCCACUGAGAUCAAUGAUACAUUUUAUGUAUUGUAAAAAACUGAAGCCAUUAUAUAUGGCCUACCACAAAACAAAGUUUUUAAGUUCAAACUGAACUGUAAUCACCUUUUAUUGUAGUCUUGAUGGCUACAAUUAUCUACAUUAUGAUAUAGAACGUUAUUUAAUAAAUGGCAGGUUGAUGGCUCAUCUCAAGACACUGGGCUUGUCGGAGAGUUGACAGCCCAGGUUCAAGACCCAAACAUCACAUGAUGGGAUGACCACCCAUCUUUGCCUAGCUCCUGCCCAUCUAGCAUUUCAAAAGCAUGCAAAUGUGAGUAGAUAUAUAGGUACCACUUCAGUGGGCAGAAAACAGCACUCCGCGAUGCCACAUGACUGCAGAAACAUCUUUGGACAAUGCUGGCUCAUGGCCUUGAAACAGAGAUGAGCACCAUCCCAUAUAGUUGACAAUGACUAGCGGAGUAAAAUCCACAGAGACAUCUUUCCUUUCCUUCCUUACUUAAUAAUAUAUAAGCUUUGUAAUAUAUAGAUAAAUACUUCCAGAUAUACAAAUAAAUGUGAUAGUUUAGAAGUGCCAGUUUUCAUUUCCAGAUUCUCAUCAAUAAAAUCUUUCUUGAUGCAAUAUUAUUACAUUUUAGUCAAAAUGUAGGGUAUGCAGUGCCACUUUUGUUCAGUUACAAAAUUAACUGUGUCAUCCAUAAUUUAUGCAACUGUCUAGUUUAAAAAUUACAUUUAUGAAAAGAUUCAAAAUUAUAUUUUAUUUGCAGCAGAACCUUGUGUGCAAUAAAUACGAAUAUUUUUGCAAAUUUCAUAGCUUUUCUGAGUUUUAUAAGGAGCAGCAUAUUAAUGUACUAUAUGUAUCUGUAAAUUAAUAUAAUACAUGGCUCUGCCAGGCAUAUACUUUUAAUGUUAAAUCUUCCAUAGCGAUAUUAAAUAUCUUUGAAGUGUAAUAGUAAUUUUUUUAUUAACUUAAUUUUAAAAAAAUUAAAGCAACUUAAUCUCUCAAAUUAAACAACAUUUUAUAAGAAGUGUAAAAUGCAUAACUUUAAGGAAAUGAAAUAAAAAUAGAAAAUAUUCCCUUGAUAAUGGCAAUAAAAUCCUUCUGGCUUUUGAUUUACAUUAAUUCACUAACUGGAUUAUUGUAUGGAGUCAUUCCUAUAAAUGUCCUUAUAUAUUUAUGGUAUAAUUUUACCUUAAUUCAUGAGUAUCAAAGCAUAAAAUCAUUUGCAAUCAUUGUUAUAUCUGUCCUGAAGUUAUUUGUUUUCUUGUAUAUAUAAAAGUUUGAUGCCAACAUCAACAGAGAAUUCACAGAAGUACUAUUAGUAAUUUUUUUCCGGUUUUGCUCUCUGCAAACUUUUUAAAAACCUAUUAAGAGUGCAUUGGGUUGUAAUUAGUCUUUGAAGGGGUUUUAAUCAAUAUGAACACUGGCUUAACAUUCUGAUGAUAACUUCAAAUCUUUAUAGAUUUAAUUGUGGAUACUGAUAUAACAGUAGAUUAUAGUGCAUGGUACAUAAACUAUGGAAAAGGUUUUGAAAUGUCAUUUAGAUCAGAAAUGUGGUUUUUAUACUAGUCCAGACCCCAUGCAUAUGCCUUUCCUUCUCUAUUUAGUAAUGCUGAUAAAACAUUCUUGCAUUCUUAAAAAAAAUAGGCAAGAUGUUUUUUUAAAAAGUAACCAUUAGUUUUUUGUGCAAACAGUCAUAUACGCCUGCUGUUGAUUAUUAACGUGGAGGGGAGGAUACUGCAAAAUACAUAUAUAGAAGAAGCAGGUUUUUUAUAUUCUAUGGUUUGUAUUCUGUGAUUAUAGUUACAGAUUUCCUUAGGCAAUAAUAUUGCUGUUUAAAUUUUCAAUCAAAGUAUAAAAAGGUAGCAGUUCAGAAUAUAGUUCAUAUGUGGUUGGCAAUAUUAAGGAAUUCAGGAUUAUAUCCAAAGUAUAUCUGAAUAACAAUUGCAUGCAUUAUUCUUCACCUCUAGUUACUUAAAGGCAGAAUUCUGAACAGUGAUGAAUAAUGUUCAAUUAAACAUCAAAUAGAGGAACAUCAUGUUUCCUAAUUAUAGAUCAUAUUAUAAUCAAUAAUAUAUGCACUGGCAUUUUCAGGGAAAUUUCUCAGAAAACAAACAAAAAAAGAUAUAUUAAAGAAUGAAAGUAUAAAAACUUUAUGGAUACUAAAUCAUGAUAACUUAUCUAAACUGAUAACUGUAGAUAACUGUGGAAAAUAUAUUUGUGAGCUUGUAUUCUUUCUAAAAGAAAGAAUACAUCUUGGUUUCUAUAUUUGUGGGGUUCCUUCUUGAACUUACAGAUCCUGCUCCAGAAAGUGGCAAAUAUGGCCUUUACAAAUGUUCUUGUGUUCCUAUUGUACUCUUAUCUGGACCAAGGGGUCUUCAUUCAUUUAUACUUUGGACAUCUCAUGCAUAGACUAUUCCGAUAUACUGUCUAUUGUCUGCUCUUGAAAAUUAGUCAGAAGCUACAACUGAUCCAGAAUGCGACAGCACAGGUGACAAUGGGCAUGUAACACCUUUGUUCCAUGAGCUUUAUAACUUUCCAGUAAGCUUCCAUGUGCAAGUCAAAGUACUGGUUAUUACCUAUGAAGAUAUUCAUGGCAUAGAACUGACUAUCUAAUGUAGUAUAUGUUUUCUGUAGCUUCUAAUCACACUGUAUAAUUGGUUCCAGAUCCCCUCAGUUAAGCUAUAUUAUAUGAUGGGAUUUAGGAACUGUACCUUCUCUGUCCUAGCACCUGUCCUCUGGAACAACAGCCUCUUGAGAUCUCUCUGGGCCCAACUCUGUCAGGGUUUAAAAGAGCCCUGAAAACUUGCUCUUCUUCCACCCUUGAGUUAUAGUGAGUUGUGGAUCCUGUGCACCGGACUGUUUGUGUUCCCCCCCCCACACUACUCCUUGAAUUUCUCUUUUUAAAUUUUUAUUGUAUG